CAUUACCUUCCAUGUCAGCCUAGCUGAUGUGCAAAGAAACACAUCAUGGGCGGUGAUAAAUGAGUCGGUUGGUCGCGCCAGGACUUUCAAUCCCGUCCCUUGGUGCAUCCCUUGGCGGCCCUGGGCGGUCAGGUCAACCACGACCCUUUCCACCAGAUCCACCGCGGCUUUGUGUGUCCGAACCUGUCCGGACUGUGAAGGCUAGGGAAGAUGCUUCUCAAGAUGAUCUGGAUCACCUCCAAGGAUUCAGAGCGCAAAGAGAUCAGAGAAGGUCUGAGAUAGAAAGGAUCAGCACCCGGCAGGGCCGCUAUUCCAUGCCUUCUCAGGCAGACUCCAAGGCCUCACUUGAUGGGCUCUCGUUGAGUGGAGAAAGCGACGACCAGUUUGAGGUGGUGCGCAACCCUCCCAAGUCUCAUCGAGCGAGGUUGGCUCACGAUAGCCAACGAACUGAUGGGUUGGGUGUCGCCUUGUCCACUUUUGGUCCGCCUUCUGAGUGGUGGCAUGACUCCGUUAUUGUUGGACGUCUCAGUGCUCUUGCAAUGCGCUAUUUUGCUACAAAAGCCGUCCAAAAGCCCUGGAGAUGUUGGCUCUUCUAUGUUCAUAAUGCUCGCAAGAAGGCUGAGCUUUGCCUUCGAAGCCAGAUGAUAUUGGCAUUGAGGAGAUGGCACAGGGCGUCGGUUCGUGAUGGACGGCGACUGAGAAACAAGUUGCCCCUCAUCCGUGCCUUGCGAAAGGUCUUUGCCGGCAAUGUGGCACCAGCUUGGACUCGCUAUCGGCAGGCGGUCUUUAUGCAGCGGGAUGUGGACCGACGAUUGAAGCUGCUGCACAUUGUCCGGUGGAAGAUGAUGAACACCAUGGCACAGGUUCACUAUUGCCACGCCCUGCUGCGCGUGGGGAUGGCAAGUCUCUGGUUGGCAACGAAGACCAAAGACGUUGCUUGCCUCCCGACCCCUGCAAGUUCGCCAGAGGCUACUUCAAGUUUCGCCGCGAAGAGCCAUGUUCAGCAGGU